AGCCUCUUAGCAAUCGUGAUUUAAUGAAAUUAUGAGUGGAUCCCAACAUUUCAAAGUACAGGAAUGCAUCAACAAAUCCAUACCGUUAUCUAAUACAUUGGCUCCCAGUGAGCUCAUGGAAGUGGAUGAAGAAAGCCAGGAGAUCACAGAUGAAAGAGAAGAUAAGGAAUUUGAGAAAUUGCUUUGGUCUAUCGAUGAUGACACGUUAUUCCAACCACUGGGAUUAACAAAUCACGGUUCAGAUGCUGGGAAAACAGUGUUUGUAACAUGGAAUGAGGAUUACUUAAUAAAUUUUGUUUUUAAACGCUCACGAAAAACAAGGAAAAUUAGUUUAACAAAAGUGCGGUUACCAUUGCCAAGUGGUGAAGUCGUGAAUAAUAUUUUUAUACUAGAGAUGAAUGCUUUAUUACUUAUGCACAGUGGACGGGUAUACUUUUUCAGUUCAGUUAAAUCCAUACACUCAGUUGACUGGAUUAAUGACGCUGGAGGAGGUAUCCGCUGCAUGGCGUUGGCGCCAGGUGCUGGUUUUAGUUGUAUACGACACUUAAAGGCAAAGAGUGCACUAAUGUUGGAAAUGUAUCAGGAUGUGCCAGAUAUAGGACGUAAUGAACCCAUAUUGUUACAAAGUUGUGACAUAACUUUUGAUGACAAAAACUAUUUCAACUGUUCGUGGGAAGAUGAACGUUAUACGCUGAUAUCACAACAAGUUACAGCCACUAAUUUGGAAUUUCUACAGUAUUUACUUAUGGAGGAAGCCGAAUUGAGCGUAGGUCAAUGGCUGCAUCUUUUUACAGUAUCAUGUGCUGUUUUUGCAUUGAUUGUAGCUGGUACUGAAGUUAAAAAUAUUGCUGAAAACGACGAAGACUUAGUCGAAAGCGACUAUAGCAUACAACAGCUAUGUGUGUACGCCACAAAUGUCGAUUCAAUAGAACUGGAUUGCGAUGAACGACGUUGCUUGGUCUUUUUACAAUGUGGUACUAUUGAUAUUUGGUAUUACUCAUAUCCUGCGUGUGGUCUACGCCGCAUGCAACAUUACACUGGUGCGCAGUACUGUGAUCAGGUGUAUGCUCCCAGCACGCGCUGCUUCUAUUUUACAGACGAACAACAAGUAGCUCGAUUACAUUUCACAUACGAUGUCGCAAUGGAUUCUUGUCGGGUGGAGGAAGUAUAUAAAGCAAUACCGGGGAUUGUUGCAUGCACUUGGGUGGAGACUCAGCAACAGUUGAUAUGCUUAAGUUGUAAUAAUAUAUUCUAUAAAAUUACUUUUGAAUCUAAUGAGAGCAAUAAUCAACGAGAUUUGAAUAUUAGUCGUUCGGGUUUAGUCACGACAGAAUUUGAAAAUCUGCAAAAUCUCUACGAGUUGACGCCUGCUCGUUUGAAUCGCCUUCUCGCACGGGCCGAGUUGGUUAACGAAUUAACACAGCUACCAGCACAAAUGCAUGCUGCAGUGGAAGAAGAAUGCGUGAAGCAGCAGCUUCUGGCUGUAUCCACCAAUCGCCAUCUCUAUAGACAUUUAGCGAAAGCGCGACUCAUUUAUAGUGUACAACUGCCGACAGCGCCACAGCAAGACGUUAUUAUGCUAUAUGCAAAUAAUUCUUAUCAACUCCAUCAUGACAGUUAUGUAGCACUGAUGUAUUUGCGAAUUCAUUGGAAUGACGUUUUACAUAGCGGCGACAGUCUUUGGCAUUUGUAUAUAGAUGUUGAUUGCAGCGAGGGAUAUAUGUUGCACGUGUCCAGCGAGCUGCUACAAAAGCAAUUAUGCAUUGUACUUCCAAGAAAACGUACCGAAAGGCAACUUCUAGCUGAAAUCAAAUUAAAAUUGUAUACAUUGGUAUGCUUUGAAAAUGAUUUUGUUGCUGUUACGCUGCCCAUUAACUUGGAAAUCAAUGCUUCCACAUAUGCCGAGCUUUUUACGAACUUCAAACGAUGUGUAACCAUUUGCAAUAACUUUGAUAUAGAUAAAUUAAUUGCGGAUUAUCUUAAGCGACAGAAGAAAUAUAAUGUGAAUGCGGCGACAGAGAACGAAGGAAGUAUUGUAACCGAAAAUGAAAAAUUGCUGCUACAUAAUAUGCGGUUGUCAUCAUCUUGCACCUUCAGCAAUAUUGCUGAGUGUCUAAAUGUGCAAAUUCGGAAUGAACGACUGAUUGAGUUGUAUUUUAUGUCAAUAGCGAUUAAAAUCACAUAUAUGCAGGAGGAACAUUAUGUCACUAUAGAGAGUAAGGAUGCGGCUGCAUUGUAUUAUCUUAAAAUUCAUUUGUUAUAUAAUAUGCCAGCGUUGUUAGAAGAAUCUGUUGCACUGGGUGACAGCGAGCGUCAUAAACUGUUGCUGCAACUGAAAUGCGAUUUGGCGCGCUGUGCGGCCACAAUGCUACAGUCAACCAAUUUAGAUGAGACAAAUAUCAGCGAUGGCGCUGCAGGAAUUCAACUUUCAAUGCAAACACAACAGUUAAAGCAGAUUUACACCAAAUUGCGGCAAGAGUUUCAUAGACUAUACAGCUGAUGACUGUUAAAAAAAAUAUUUGCUGUUGUCAUCCUCUUACUUUUAGUUAUGAAAACAGGCAUAAAUAAAUAAAAUUUUAUAAUAAUUUAGUCAGUGGUAAAAUAAAUUAUUUCUUUAUAUGGUUAGUUCAUAUAAGAAAACAAGAGUAUUGUAUUAAAAUAUGUGCCCACUGCCAAAAUGUAAAUACUUUUAAAUAUAUUUUUUUAUAUAAAACAUCACAAACACACGUAUGUGGUUAGAUUUUCUAAGAGUAAUAGGGAUAUCGCGCAGUUUUGAAGUUGUUCCUUUUCCAAAGAAUUUUUAUCAUUGUAGUAAGGUAAUUUUCUUUUUUCGAUUUAAAUCUUACCUUGUAUUUUUGUGCACAGAUUAUCUAACGUUUGCUUUCAUCAGUUAAAGAGAAAUUUUCUUGAAAUUAUUUAAAUUUUUACUUUAUUUUUAAUUUU